AUCUUCUUUGUCAGGUAGCGCCAGAAAUGACAGUGAACUCGCCGCUGUGCUUUAGGGGAAAGAAGAUCCUGGCUCCAAUGGUGCGAGUGGGGACAUUACCGAUGCGACUGCUUGCCCUAGACUAUGGCGCCGAUAUUGUAUACUGUGAGGAGCUGAUUGACAUAAAGAUGCUGCAGUGUAAAAGGGUUAUGAAUGAAGUGCUUGAAACAGUGGACUUCGUUGCACCUAAUGAAAGAGUUGUUUUCAGAACUUGUGAGAGGGAGAGGCACCAUGUUGUUUUUCAGAUGGGUUCAGCAGAUGCUGAAAGAGCCCUGGCAGUAGCUAAGCUGGUAGAGAGUGAUGUAGCUGGUAUUGAUAUCAACAUGGGAUGCCCAAAAGAGUAUUCUACCAAGGGAGGUAUGGGAGCAGCACUGCUAUCUGAUCCUGGCAAAAUAGAGUCUAUCCUGACUACCCUUGUUAAAGGAAUUUGCAAACCAGUAACCUGCAAAAUCCGCAUUUUGCCCUCUGUUGAGGAUACUGUGAAUCUGGUGAAGAGAAUAGAGAAGACUGGCAUUGCUGCCAUUGCAGUGCAUGGAAGAAAGAAGGAGGAGAGGCCUCAGCACCCUGUCCACUGUGAUGUGAUCAAAGCCAUAUCUGAAGCAGUCUCCAUUCCAGUAAUAGCCAAUGGAGGAUCUCAUGACUUCAUCAAAGAAUAUACAGAUAUUGAGACCUUCCAGAAAGCAACAGCUGCCUCAUCAGUAAUGAUAGCUCGUGCUGCCAUGUGGAACCCAUCUAUCUUCAGAAAAGAGGGCUUCUUACCCUUGAAGGAGGUCAUGCAAGAUUACAUCAAAUAUGCAGUGAGAUAUGAUAAUCACUAUACCAACACAAAAUAUUGUUUGUGUCAGAUGUUAAGAGAGCAGUUGGAAACUCCUCAGGGUAAGAAGCUGCAUGCUGCACAGUCCACACAGGAGAUCUGUGAAGCCUUUGAAAUGGCUGACUUCUAUGAAGAAACAACAGCUAUUUUUGAAGCAAAGAAAACAUCUUCACAGACUGAGACACAAGAUAAAGAUGACCAAAUGGAAGAUCCAGAUGUAAUAAAAAUGGCUGUUAGAUUUGAUAAGCGAGAAUAUCCACCACAGAUUACUCCAAAAAUGUAUCUUCUGGAAUGGUGUAGGAAAGAAAAGCAUCCUCAGCCUGUUUAUGAAACUGUUCAAAGACCACUGGAUAGAUUAUUCUGUUCAGUAGUGACAGUAGCUGAGCAAAAAUACAGGUCAACGUUGUGGGACAAGUCAAAGAAACUAGCAGAACAGUCUGCAGCUAUUGUCUGUCUGAGAACGUUGGGUGUCCCUGAGGGAAGGUUGUGUGAGGGAGAAAAUCAACUGAUUAACAAACGCAGGAGGGAAGACCAGGAGCGAUUGAGUAACAGAGACAGUGGAGAAGAUCCUGCUGAGCCUUCCCAGAAAAAAGCUAAUUUUAUUGAAGAAAAUUCUGACAUGAAAUUGUCUCGGAUGCCACGAUAGCAUAGAAAUUGGAGUUUUCACACCUAUGCAGCUACAAAUUGGCUUAUAUUUGUAUAUGACAUUUCAUUUGGAUUCUCUUGGAGACAGAUAAAUUCCCCAGCUGUAAAAAAAUGCCAACAAGAUGUUUACUGUUCACCACUGUUCCCUAUGGUGCCUUUCAGACAGGAUAAAUUAGGUGCCUGACUUCAAAGAAUAUUGAGAAGAUUAUCCCAAAUAAUAUUUUUUUUAAUAUCAGAUAUUUUCAAAGCAAUUUUGUCAUUGGUUUUAUUACUUGUUUUUUAUUUUUAAGAAGUGUGCCAUGUGCUGGUAGGAGAUGUUUGAGUACAUCAUCCAUAAACAGAAGAAUUUGUUAUGGAACUGUAUAGUUCAUCAGAAGAAUGCUAGUAGCCAAGUAGACCUGGUUUUGUCAAAAGAGUUUUAUGCACGUCUUGCAGACUUCAUUUACAUCCAUCGCAUAGCAAGAAAAAGUUUUUGCAGAGAGGACUUGGAAAUUGUAGCACUAAGCAUGAAAGUAACAUUGUUUCAAAAUUUGUACUAAAUUUUACCCUCCAAAAUACCACAGUGCAACCAACCGUCCUUUCCAGCUCUUAGUUGUUAUGUUUGUGCCUUUUCAGAACGAAACUGGAGUUAAGUCUGGUAGCCAUGAAUUUGUUGAAUGAAGGCACUUUUGAGAUUUUUGUACUUUUGGAAUUGAAGUCCUAGUAAGUGUCUACAUGUGCAUUACUUGCAGUAAUGGGCAUCCAGAUAUGGCCUUCUGUGUUUGUUCUUGAAAUGCUGACUCAGUUUGCCUCAGUAUUUAGCUGUUGGUGAUAAUGAUGGUCUUAAAUCCAAGGCACACCAUGUUCUCUCUUCUUCAUUUGCCACCAUCAUAACUUCAUAUUAAAUGUAAACUACAAGUAGAUGUAGUAAGCCAAGAGAGGAUACAGAUGCAGUCUGAUUUCGUGGUAAUCCAUCUGGUUUGAGUUAGUAAAAUCCCCCAAAGAAUAUCCUAGUAGAUUAAGGCAAGUUAUUAAUGAUUUAUUUAAGUGAUGAUUUAGUUUCCCUCAACAGGCUCAGAGAGCAUCAGAUUUUCAGUUCUGGUCUGAAAACCAAAUGACAGGGAUAUCAUGCCAUGAUCUUUUAAGUAUAAAGAACAUACAGAAUAUUACUCAUUUUAAUGUAAUUAAUAAGCAGUCUUCCUAUUCAAAAGUUUGCAUCUUUUUCCUCAGAUGUGUUGGUCUUGAACUAUUCUGUUACAACAGAAAAACAGUAUCUCACCAGAUAACAUUCAGACUUGUAAAUUUAAAUACAGGUAUAUUUAUAUUUAAAAUACCUUCUGUUUAGAUCAGAGUAAUGUGUAGUAAAUCUCUGCUCUCUGAGGAGGUAGUUUUUCUUGUUCAUUUUGUAUGUUGCAGUAAAUGCAGUUAAAUAGAUCUGAUAUAAUUUCAGUGCUCGAAUUAUACUCUGGAGCUGCGAAAGAAUUUGCAAUAUUAGUCAGAAAUUUCUGAAGUAGGCAUUUUCCUAUUGUGAGUGCUAUCUGGAUAUCUUUUCUUUCUCAGAAUUAUUAGAGCCAUGCUAGAACCCUAGAGAAAAAGCCGUUCUGAGGUCCUGCUAGCAGUGUGGCUUGCAAGAUAUGAUAUCAUAGAAGCAGAGAAUGUUAGAGAUCAGGGGUUGAGACUCCACCCACAACUCUUUUUGCCAACCUGUUCUGGUGUUUUAUCACCCAUAUGGGUGAUUAAAAAAAAUAAAGCAAGCAACUUUCUGUUCUUGUGUCUACAUGAAA